AUGCCUUCUUCUCAAAAUGCAGAUCUAGUUCUCAUGACAGAUAGUCUAGACACAUGGUUCCAGCUUCCCCCUUCCCUCUUAAUGAAACGCUACCAUUCUAUCAACCAGCGGGCAAACGCUCGCUCUCUCGCCCGCUAUGGUAGCCUCAAUCGCAGGACACUUGCUCAGACGAUCGUCUUCGGCUCAGAGAAGAAGUGCUGGCCAAAUCCCCCUUCCUCUCUAGCCUGCUACAGUGUUCCCGAUUCUCCCUUGUCACAUUCACUUUUCGGCCCUCGGACGGACGAAGUGCGUGAUGAGGAGGACGACGAGAAUCCUUAUCAAUAUGUACGGCCGAGGUGGUUGAAUUCGGGAUUCAUAAUGGGACCGGUGCGAGAUAUUAAGAGGGUUUUUGUACGCGCUGUUGAGAUGGCGGAGAGGUUGGAAAGAGAUGGGGAGGGGAAGGAGGGGGAGGUGGAAGGGGUCGUGAUGAAGGGUGAGGUGGGAAUGACGGAUCAGGGUGUCUUAUCUCGGGUAUGGGGCGAGCAAGAAUUUUCCAGGGAGGAGAAACUCGUGGAGGACGUGGCCGCGGUGAAAGAUAAGGCGAACGGAAAGGCGGAUUGGGGCGACUUGGGGAAGUGGAGACUCCAGAUGGGGGUGAACUAUGAAUUCGGAAUUGGGAUUGAUUAUGCAAGGGAGCUAUCGGCGACGACGCAGUGGAGUUGGUACGACGCUGAAUGGAUCACCAUUUGUGAUAAUGACACAACCCUCGAUGCGGCAGAUAGGUUUGAAGUAGAAAUGCCGAGGGUGAGUGGAUUGCAGGAGGAUGUCGCUGCAUCAGCCUUACCUUUUGCUGCGCUGGAGAAACGCUUAAAGGUGGACGGGAUGACAUGGCAGAAUGUAAGCUUGUACACGAGUUUGUGGACGGGUAUUGUGCCGGUGAGUAUACAUCAUAAUGCGAAGAAGGAUGGACAGAAGAGGGUACGGGAUAAGGAGUGGAGAAGAAUGUGGUUUGCGCCGUAUGCGAAGCAGUUUCUUGAUGAGCGUGUGAGAGCUGUUGAAGGAAAAGGGAAGGUUUUUGGUGUGGAGACUAUGGGAAAGAAGGGAGAAAGGGGAUGGAUAUCUUGGAAUGAGCUGUGUGAUCAGGGCAUGCAGAAGAUCCUUUUUGAGCUUUGA